GCCGUUUAUUCACGGCUCGCGCGCCGACGAGGCUGUAAGCUCUAUAGGGUGGCCAAAGUGCUUCGCGGCAGUUGAGUGCACAGAUUUUACAUACAGCCGUUCAGUUCGUGUUGAAUUUUUUAUCGAAAGGACUGCGUAGGUGGAGUUUUUUCUAAAGAAGAUUUCAUCCGUUGCUCUUGUACUUUUUUUUUUUUUUACUCGUGUACACUCGUUUGGUUGUGCUUGUGAAACGAGGUUGGAUAUAUACCCAUAUACGUCGAAGAAAUGUCGUCCCUACUACUCGAGUCGCUCGGUGACAAAGUCGCCAUGUUCGAUCAGCACGCGGCCAAGCACAUCAGCAGCCAGAGCAAAAACCCCUUCUCGUCGGGGCUGAACCUCCCGAAGCCGACCUUUUCGAAAGAGGAGUACGGACGGCCAGCGGCGGGCUCGUUGUCGGACAUUCGCGGUCGCAAGGCCUCGGCUCACGUCUUUAAGGAGAUGAUCGAACUGUGCGACGUCAUCCACCAGAACGGCACGCCCUGCCGCGACCAGCCGGACAUCAUGGGCAUCACCUUCGGCGACCUCUUCAACAUCUACGUCCACAUAAACGACAAGCUCGUCGGCCUGCUGCUCAGGGCCCGCAAGCACAAGCUCGUCGACUUCGAGGGCGAGUGCUUGUUUCAGAGGAGGGACGACAACGUGCCGAUAUUCCUCAUCAGGCCGAUCGAGGAGAUCAGGCGGGAGUUCCGGCAGAAGCUCGAGCAGAUGUCCAGUGAAAUUCCAAAAGCUCACUAGCAUCGGCUGUUUUUUUUUCACAUCCCGCCCGGAGCGCGAAUCGGAACGGACACUGAGGAUUUUCAUGUCCUCUGAGUACUUUCGAGUCGUCGUCGUACACUUUCUUUGGGAAACGCGGAGGUCCUGUAGUAUAAGCGGGAGUUUUACAACAGGACGAUCGAGGAUGAUGUAUAUUUUUUUUAAAUAAUCGUCUCUUGUACCGUGUAUGGUAGGUGUAAAUGUCAAUUUUUAUGUGUCAACAGAACUUGAGUGGUUGGUCUGAUCGACGUUGAUUGUACUUGUAGAAUAACAAUAAUAAUAAAAUGUGCGGUGGAUUAGGUAAAUUUUUUGUAAAUAGUGUCGCGGAUGAUGUGCACUUGUCGAUUGAGUGAGAAGAUGAACAAUGUGAUAAAGCACGUAGCUCGUAAGAAUAAAUGUUUCUAUAAAACGUUGA